GUUAGCCACCGGGUAAUCCUCGUUUCGCAUACUUCAUAUAAAAUAAAGAUGAGGUUCGUUACAGCAGAUAUCCGUGGACAGUCAUGGUGGUCCUUCGUUCAUUCGUUUACACCUCCCUAUUGUGUGUAGCGAAUCUUGCAGAAGCUGCAGAAGGACAUAAUGGCCUUCUUGGGUCCUUUCAUCGACAUGGAGCUCGUCAUCUAGGAAAACCGAGGCAAUUUGGUCAGGCUCCAAAGGUAGCUAGAGAUGUGCCCGAGUCUGCUUCUCAAGCAUCCACUGGUAGCAGCGGAAUUGCUACCCCUUCAGCUUCUCUCGUCUCUACCACAAGUAUUCAGUCUACGAGUUCUAUCACGUCUACCGCGAGUGCACCUGCUAGCAAUCCAACUCAAACAGCAAAUUCAAGCACCUUGCAAGACAUCACCACCAUCCACUCUCGAAGGUUGGACUCGAUCAUAGAAAGCAUAACAGGCGACCCGAGCAAUAUAUCAACCUGGCUCACAGAUCUUCAGGCAAAUGGUAAAUGGCCGGACUCUGACAUCGAUUACGCAACAGGAUGUGAUGGUCGGCCAGCAAACUGGCCAGCUGCAAAUCACUGGGUUCGCAUCAGUACAAUGGCUGCUGCUUGGCAUGGAGGACUCCAAGGCUACGAUCAAUAUGUCAACAGUUCAACGCUUUUCACAGCUAUCGGGAGCGCUAUGGACUACUGGUUUAACAACGACUUCACGAACAUAGGCUGUCUUGUUGAAGGAGGCACCGACAGCUGUCCUUGUGGCACACCCGGUUACUGGAACACGAACUGGUAUGACAACGUCAUCCUCAUCCCUGGUCUCGUUUCAGAAUCUUGUCUUCUCCUCAACGACACUUUGACACAGACACAGUUAAGCAACUGUAGCCACAUCUCCCUGCGUGCGUACGGCGCUUUUGAUCACGGAUAUAGCUUCGAGGCUGGAGCAAACAUUCUGGACAUGGCUAAAAUCGGGGUGGAUCAAGGUCUCCUCGUGAUCAAUACUUCUUUGGUCACGGACGCAUACAGGAGGGUCCACAACACCCUCGCCAUUCAGCAAAAUAUCAGUAUACAAGUUGAUGGGAUCCAGUCGGACGGCUCCUUCGGCCAACACCUCGGAUUGCUCUACAAUGGUAACUACGGGAACGUCUUCUCGAACGACGUUCUUGAUUUCGAGAUCGAAGCAGCCGGAACUCAAUUCGCUGCUGGCGAUGAGCAGAAAGCUGCUCUUGAGACGCUGUACGACGGAGAUCGCUGGAUGGUAAAUCGUAAUGUCGAAACAGAGGUUCUGCACUGGGAUCUUAGCGUAGUGGGUCGCUUUAUUAGCCAGCCAGUGGUUGCCGGCGCAGCUACUACUAGUAUCCAAACGAACCUCUCGAAGGUGGAAGAACUUGGCGAGCAAUGGAAUUCAGACGUUCUCAUUAAUUACGCGAAAAGUCUUUCGGCGAAUACAACCGAUGCAAACGCGGGAGAAUUGAUUGGAAACCGUAUGUUCUUCGACAAUGAUUACAUGGUCAAUCGAGGUUCAGGCUAUGUUACGUCUCUCAAGAUGUACUCAACAAGAACCCGAAACACGGAGUGCACGAACUCACAGAAUCUUCUUGGUUUCCAUCUCGCCGAUGGCGUCGUUUACACAUACAUCGAAGGCGAUGAGUACGAAGAUAUAGCCGCUGCCUGGGACUGGAACCUCAUCCCAGGUAUCACCGUCGACUACAACGCCACAGUUCUCGACUGCGCACAUACCAAAUAUAUCGGAAAGGAGGCAUUUGUCGGCGGUGUCAGCGACGGACAAGUUGGCGUCGCAGCGAUGCGAUUCACCAACCCCAUGACCAAGUCCUUGUCAUGGCAAAAGACAUGGUUCUUCCUCGAGAACGAUGUUCAAUAUGUGAUGAUCGCCAAUAUCUCCUCGAAGACAGAUGCUCCUGUAUUUUCUGUCCUCGACCAGAGACGCUUCAAAGAUAAUGUGUUUGUUGAUGGUAUGGGGACUUUCGGGGGGAACUUCACAGAUCCCCACACCUUGUGGCACGGCGACGUCGGGUAUGAGUUCCAAGCAGCCAACGGAACGUACGAACUAUCCGUCGAAUGGGGCAACAGGACUGGUGACUGGUCUAGCACAGGUGUCUGGACUGGUCAAGAAACAGUCGAGUUGUUCGCUGCUUGGUUGCACCACAAGGACCUCAGCGCCCCCAUCUCUUACACUGUAUACCCUGCGGUUGACUACAGCACCUUCACUCUCAAACGCGCGUCCACCAACUUGACGGAGAUCCAGAACAAUGCUUCUGUGAGCGCUCUUUUGGACCAAGACCAAGACACUGUGUUUGGUGUCUUCUGGGACACAUCGGGCGGUUCGUUCACGUUCACCGACGUGAUCUACGGUCCUAUGAGGAUCGAAUCAAGUGCUCAGGCUGCUUUCAUCUACCGCAUAGAGACGGGCAACCUCACCGUGGCUGAUCCAUCACAAAAGUUGUCACAUUUGACAUUCAAAAUUUCGAUGGGAGAUGGACUGGGACUUUGCGAAUGGGGAGGCGAGAGCAGUGUUACCGCGCAUUUUGAUAUGCCCAGAAAUGGUUUGGCAGGCAGUAGCGUCAGCCAGAUACUGAAUUCCUCCUGAUAAAACCUCUAGAUAUCUGCGUGAACAUAUAUACCCUUACGCACAUAGAUAUGCACAUUUAACCAACAGUGCUGGAUA